AUGGCCAUCGCAGCAUACAGGAAUCUCUUGCGAUCGGCGCGCAUCGCGUUCCGAGGCGACACGCGCAUGCUCUCCGCCGCCCGCCUCGAAGCGCGAAAGAACUUCGAGAAUAACCGCGGCCUCGCCACCGAAAGCGAAGAAUACACAAGAUCUAUCGCACACGCAGAGGAGGUCGCAAAGUUUCUGAGGGAGAACGUGGUACAAGGCCAGGCGACAGAGACAGAAGGCAGUUACAGUAUGUUCGGGAGUGCAUGCGGCUUUGCAGAUGUUGCAAUUGCUAAUACUGUCUAUCAGAGCUGA